AUUCUAGAUGCUUCUCGGCCCUGGUUGGUGUAUUGGAUCCUUCACUCCUUGGAACUAUUGGGGGAGGAGUUGAGUAGAGAAGACAAGAUCAAUAUAACUAACUUUUUAGCCAGGUGUCAAGAUAGUGAAGGAGGGUUUGCUGGUGGACCAGGUCAACUUGCUCAUCUAGCUCCUACAUAUGCUGCUGUUAACUCCUUAGUGAUAAUUGGAACUGACGACGCCUUGUCUCUAAUAGAUCGUAGAAAACUGGCAACAUGGCUGGACAAACUUAGGUGUCCUGACGGUGCAUUUACUAUGCAUAUAGACGGGGAAAUUGAUAUCAGAGGUGUUUACUGUGCUCUUUCAGUUGCUAGGCUUACCAAUAUAUAUUCAAGUUCCUUGUUUGCAAAAACAGAGGAAUGGUUGCUGCGCUGCCAAACCUACGAGGGAGGAUUCGGAGGGGUCCCAGGGAUGGAAGCUCAUGGAGGGUACACAUUCUGUGGUCUAGCGGCUCUUAUAAUUAUGGGAAAAGAAUCAUUGUGUAACACUGAAAACCUUUUACUUUGGGCAGUUAAUAAGCAGAUGAGACUGGAGGGGGGGUUCCAGGGUCGAACGAAUAAGCUAGUGGACGGCUGCUACAGUUUCUGGCAGGGGGGAAUAUUCCCUCUCAUACACUCUAUUCUCUCUAAUUCCCCCAGUGAACACGCACCCGAAGAAAGUUGGCUGUUUAACUCCCAAGCUCUGCAGGAGUAUAUACUUCUCUGCUGUCAGGACCACCGAGGUGGAUUAUUGGAUAAACCAGGGAAAUCUCGAGAUUUCUACCAUACCUGCUAUACACUUAGGAAACCUUAGUAAUUCUAUUCUUAUUAC